AUGAUAUUAUUGCCGUUGCGGGGCCCCAAGAGCUGCGUGUUUAUGGAAGAUGAUGCUGCAAUCUUCCCGGAGCGUCCCCUCGAAGUAGACGAAUACGGGGCGCCCGUCUUCUCCGGGGAACGUGGUGGUUCCCCAUGUCAGCUAGACAUAGCGCUGCUGCCCGCAUCUACCCAGCCCCCUACACUUUCGAGCGCUGCAACUGCAGCUGCCCCCCAAAGAGCCAUCGGAGCUAACGCUGAGUUUGUCGGCUACUCCGUCAGGCCAGGGAUUGUUAGAGUGGUGCGGGUCCUCGACCACCAGGCCCUCGAGGCUACGUCUGUGUGCCGGGUUUCGCUGUCGCCGCCUCCGCAGGCGGCCAAGGCCCUUCGCAUAGCAACACAUGUGUGUAUGUGUCAGGAGAAGCCCCAUUUUGUCCUUGUUGCUGACACCUUUGGCCUGGUUGUGGUGUUCAAGCGCAAGACAGAUGCUUAUGCUGCUCAUAUGGGGACUACGUCUUCGGCCCCUACAGACAGCGAAGGGAGCUCACCGGCCACCUCAGCGGGGGGAGCAGCGGGCCUUUUAGCGGAUUCUGCUGUUCCCUUUGCGCACCUGCAGCUGGACCUGCAGGAACACGGCCCUUUGCUGGACGUUUUUUGGUUGCCGCCGCUGCCGGAGCAGGACCAGCAAGAAGCGGGGAUAAGCGCAGCAGAAGAUGCGAAGACAGAGGGUGGUUGCUUUUUCGUUACAGUGCAGCGCCACCACGUAGCCGUAUGGUCUGUUCCUAUCCUCCGCAUCCUGGCUAUUGCCCUCAGGAAAGAACCGGAGGUCGAUUCCCUUCAAGCAGAAUUUGCUGAGGGGACCAACUAUUGCUGCUGUUUCUUGCCCCUGGAGGAAGCAGCGGCAGCAGCAGCAUCCGGAACAGCAUCAGCAGCAUUUCCGCAUGACCCUUUCACAGUGGGAGGCGGCAACGAGAGACCAGUGGUCUCUUCUGUUUGUUUGGCUUCUAGGGAAGGAUGCUUAUUGCUGGGGCUUAUGGAUAGAAGUGUCACCGCGUGGCAGCUGAAGGUACACCAAAAUGACCUUCGGGACGCCACGCUGGUAGGCGGCAUGAAGCUGCCAGCGGGACCUGCGGAUGCUGCUGCUGCAGCUGCGGAUACAGCCGCUGCUGCACCAACGCAGCAGCAGCAGCAGCAGCAGCAAGCAGCAGCGAACGCCAAUCCAUUUUUCUCUUAUCUAGGGUCUCUCGACCCCACGAGCAUCCUGUUGAGACACCAGCAGCAGCAGCACCAGCAAGAGGAGCAAAAGCAGCAGCACCAGCUGGAGAGUGCAGCAGAACCGUUUCAGCUGUGUGUGGUGUACGGCCGAGGGGCCGGAGAGGAUGCGGACUCUGUUCCCUAUUUAGUGCUCUACCCUCUCCGCAUCCGCGAAAUUUUGCAGCAGCAGCAACAGAACCGGCAGCUCCCGUUACUAGGACCGUGCCAACAGACCAUCUGCUUAGGCUCGCCCAAGGACAUCGCCUCCGCUGCUGCUGCUGCUGCUGCUAGUAGCAGCAGCAGCAGCAGCAGCAGCAGCAGCAGCAGCAGCAGCAGCAGCAACGGGGUUGAUUUCUGCGCUUGGCCUGUAACGGACUUCACGCAGCGCUUUUUGGUUGUUGGGGUUUCAAUAAAGAGGCCAAGUGGCUCUCGUUCAUAUUUCUGCGUGUUCGACACGCAUCAUCAGCAGCACGAAGACCAGGAGCAACAACAGACGCAGCUGUUGCUGCAGGAGGAGAAGGAGAAGCAUCAUGUCCUGCCUCUUCCCUGCGUGCUGCUUAUAGAUCUGCGCAUCCCCCUUCUCAACGUAGGUCCUGCUGUGCUCACGUCUGCCCCAGCAGCAAAAGGCCAUCGAGUGGAGUCCUUAGGGGGGGAGGCAGCACUCUAUUGCAUCCCCCUUCUCAACGUAGGUCCUGCUGUCCUCACGUCUGCCCCAGCAGCAAAAGGCCAUCGAGUGGAGUCCUUAGGGGGGGAGGCAGCACUCUAUUGCUACAGUCUUUUCGUGGCAGACCAAGAUCCACAGCAGCAGCAACAAUCGCAGCAGAGGCCAGAUUUACUGCGGGUACACUACAUUGAGUGUUCAAAACUCGCAGCAGCAGAUGGGAGCCGGCAGUGGCGCAAGCUGCGGUCUCCAGCAGAAACAGCUGCAGAAGCUGCUGCAGCAGCAUCAGCAGUCGCUGCCCCGACACCUGAUACCGAGAUGCCUUCAGCAGAAAUCGCGGCGUUGCCGCCCACAGCAGGUGAUAAGGUGGAGGUGUCACCUACUGCUGCUUCUGCUGCUGCUGCUGCUGAAGCCAGCAGCAGCAACAGCAGCUGGUUACCAGUUCAAAAGGCCGAUACACGGGAAGGCUCCCCGCCGCACACUGGCAUUGCUGCUGCGCCGGCAGGAAAAAAGUAUCCAUGGCCUCCCGAAGCACCGGCAGCUCCUGCCUCUCCUCCAGCAGAUCCAGCAAUUCUUCUUGCUCUCCCUGGCCCGCCUGCAGCAACCGCAGCAGCAGCAGCUCCGGCAGCAGCAGCACCAGCAACACCAACUGCAGCAACAGCAGGAGUUCCAGUUACAGAAAGGAGUUCUGUAUCGUCAAACGGGUUGCUGCAGCUGCUUCUGAAAGGCACCAAGGGAGCCAACGGUAGCAACAAAAACAGCGGGGGCAGCGGCAGCAGCAUUGGCGGCGGAGGAGGCGACCCAGUGCCGGCGAUCGCCUCAACAGGAGGAGGUGCAAAAGGGGCUAUUGGGGUUGGGGCUACGAAGGUCAGCAGCAAAGCAGCAGCAGCAAAGCAGCAGCGGCGACAGCAACAGCAGCAGCGGCAACAGCAACAGCAGCAGCAGCAGCAAGAGUUAUCUGCGAAAGAUAAAAAGGCAGGGAAGACAAAGGAGACGCCAACAGCAGCAACAGCAGCAACAGCAGCAGGCGUAGACCCGGAGAGUGCUGCUGCACCGAGCGCGGGCAGCCCACUGACUUACGAGGCCGUAGAAUCCCUCUUUUCAAAAGCCAUAGAAGGCCUCCCACAGAGACUUUCUGACAGGCCGCGGUUCCUCGUGGGGCAUUCGCGUGUUGCUCGUGCUGCUCUUGCUCUUGUUGCACCUGUUACUGUAUUGCUGCUGCUUCAGUUGUGUGUUUUCCAGGCUUUCCUGCAUUCUUUUGCGAGCGUGACGGCGACGUUGAGGUCACACGCACCUUUUUCUAGCGAUGAGCAGCAGCAGCGCCAGCAGCAGCAGCGUAUGGCGUCUGCUGUAGCAGCAGAAGUUCAACAACUCAUUUCCACGCAGCUGACGACCGCAGUCCGCGAGGCUGCCGAAGCAGCAAAAGCCACAGCUGCCCGUGCUGGCACACAGGAAACAUCUGCUGCAACGCAACAGCUCACGCUAGUUAAGGAGCUACAGGCGGUAAAGACCGAAAUGCUCUCUGAUAUCGAAGAGCAGAUACGGAAGCAAAUGAAGGCAUUUAGCAACGCCGUCGAUAGCCAUCGGCGGCAGCUGCAGCAGCAGCUGCAGCAGCAGCUGCAGCAGCAGCUGCAGCACCACAUGCAGCAACAGCUACUUCCUGUACAGCAGCAGCUACAGAAGAUGAACAGCCAGCUGCAGCAGCAAAGCCAGCAGCAGCAACAAGUGAUGCGGCAGUUGCAGAUGCUGCAGCAGCAGCGUCAAGUGCCUGCAGAUAACGCCGCAAAUGGGAAGCUGAGAGAGGCAGUGGAAAAAAUGUUGAAAACGCAGGAGGGGUUGAUGGCCAAGAAUCUCGAGAUGACAGAGAAGGGGCUGUCAGGUUUACGUCUUCAGCUGCGGGAUUUGCGUGAGGAUGCAAGGCAAAACGUGGACCAGCUGCGCCAGCAGCAGCAGCUGCUGGUGAUGGUGGAGCAGGAAGUGCAGCGGCAGCAGGGGCGGCAGCUGGAAUUCCUCGAGUAUCAAAAGCAGGCCAUGAUCGAGGCGGGUAAUGUUGAUGGAGCAUUUGGCCUGGCAAUAGCGGCGGACUUACAAGCAGCGAAAGGAUUUUGGGUUGAUAUCCUCUGCAGGCAGUUGAGUCCUGAGAAAGUAUUCGAUCAGGACCCCCCACUACUCACCCAGGCAACACUCUUCGGCAUCGCAAAAGGUGCUAACAAUCUACCUGCUACUGAUGCUUUUGCUGCUGCUGCUGAUUUUGCGGUUGAGACUGCUGCUGUGUUUUCUGCUGAGGCUGUUGCUGCUUCUAUGAUUGCUGAGGCUGCUGCUGCUGAGGGCGGUGCUGCGGAUGUUAUAGUAACGGUUGUUGCUACUGCGCUGGAAGUUGUUAUUGCUGCUGCUGCGUCAGUGGGUGUUGGUGUUGUCGGAAUGCUGGGCGACUUGUUUUCUCACGAAGCAGAAACAGCAGAUCUGCAGACGCUGGAGGACAGGGCGCAUUGGUUGUUGGAAACAUUCAACCAAAUGGAUUCGCCCAACGAACAUGUAACACGUUUGGAGCUUAUGGAUCUGCUACAAGAAUACGUCGGGCGGGCCCAAAAUGCCCAGGCAAGCCUAGCGCUUCGCUUCAGAGGAGAGGCUCCGGUGCUGGACGAGCGAUUGGCCAGCUGUGUGCGGCGCCUGAAGAGGAUGAUCCGCACAGUGCACAACCCCCUUCCGUCACGAGGGAACUGA